AUGUGGAAAGUUUUAUCGCUAUCAUAUCUCGAUAUGAUAGUAUCCGAAAUUUUGAGAAUAUACCCGGCGUUACCGUUUUUAGAUCGUAUAACGAGGAAAACGUACAAAGUACCAAAUUCCAAUUUAGUUCUCGAGAAGGGUACGCCAAUUUAUAUCUCGUUACUUGGUACGCACUACGAUCCGGAAUACUAUCCUAAUCCGGAUAAAUUUGAUCCGGAACGAUUCACCGAGGAGAACAAACGUAAUAGAUCGUCAUGUGUCUAUCUUCCGUUUGGAGACGGACCAGGUAUAUAUAGUUCCCGUAUGAGACUUUUACAAACAAAACUGGAAAUUAUUAUAAUUUUGAGAAAAUACGAGUUGGGACCAUGCAAAAAAACUCUAAUACCAAUGGUUAUCGAACUAGAAACUAGUUCCAUGACAGCGCCAUUGGGUGGUACUAUACAUCUCAACAUCCGCAGAAUUAACAACAAUGUUAAUUAA